GCCAUGUGAUGUGAUCGCUUUAAGCUAAAAUCAAACAAGAAAGCUUAACUUGCUUCUUUCAUCUCUCGAGCUCAAAAUUGACAAAGAAGAUGGGGUCAUCACAGUCUGCGCAAGUGGGAGACGAAGGAGAAGACGAUGAACAAGAAGAAGAGGAAGAAGAAGAAGAGGAAGACGACGAUAAUGGCGGAUCGAAUACAAGAGAGUUGGACAAUCUCCUGGUGAAGAGAGUUCUCGAGCAAGAGCCUGAGAUGUUACCGUGUCACGCUUCUGCUUCGCCGCUCUCUCCGCAGCUUUCAUCUCUCGGAACUCCGCGAAUGGGACCAUCGAUUAAGGUCUGGGAUCCUUACAACGUCCUCGCGCCUCCUCCUCCUCCUCCCAUCUUCUCCCGAAUCGCUUCCGGGGACGAAGAUCGUUCUGUGACGGAGGUUUAUCUCAUCAGCCAUGGCGAGUGCGAUCUCAAUCUAAGGCCUGAUCUGGUUGGUGGGAGAUGCCACGUUGCUGCGCUCACCGCCAACGGUAAACGCCAAGCUAGGGCUCUUGCCGUUUUCUUCAAAUCGCAGGGGGUUCGAUUCACCUCUGUUUACUCUUCGCCUCUGGAUCGAGCUAGAUCCAUGGCCGUUUCGGUUUGCCAGGAAAUGAGUUUUCCAGAGGAGCACAUACAAUCCUCGGAUGCAGUUAUAGAGAUGAGUCUAGGAGAUUGGGAAGGUUGCAAUCAAUCAGAGAUUUACAAUCCCGAAACUUUGAGUCUAAUCGAAAGAUGCCAGCCUGAUUUCACGGCGCCAUCCGGAGAAUCACUCAGGCAAGUAGAAUUCCGAAUGAUUCAGUUUCUAAACGGAACAGUCUCAGGACUUGCAGAGAAGCUCAGGUCAGAUUUUUCCUCCACCACACAUCACAAUGAAGCCCAUGAGCGUGAUGGUUCUUCACUUCCCUCGUCGACUAACUGGGACUUGCUCCACAAGCAUCGUCCUAGUCUUACAAGGAAGAAAUCUGGUAAAAGCAGGCUUCAAGUGAUGACCAAUCACGAGCCUGACGAUGAAUUAUCACCAAGGGAAGAAGUUAAUCAUCAUCACGGUGACCUGAGUGAUCCUUCUUCUCAAAUCUCAAAUUGCAUUGGGGUUUUCACGCAUUCAUUGCCAGUUAAGUGUCUUCUGACCGGAGUCCUCGGGUGCAGUUCGGCGAUGGCUCAUAAGAUAUGUGUAGAAGACUCUUCAGUGACUGUGUUACAGCAUUCGUGGAGAAAUGGUUGGCAGAUCAAACGAAUUAAUGAUACUUCUCAUCUUAGAUUGUUGUAGCUUGAAAUUGGUAAUUAUUUCCGAAAAGAAACGACUUCAUAUGUAUACCAUGAAUCUGCAGAAGAUCAAGAACAAAGGUUCUGCAGAUUACAUGCCACGGCCUCUUUGUAAUGUUUGUUUUGGAAAGGAAAAAAAAAACA